AUGUCCUGUGUGCGCCGCCUCCUGCUCACAUCCCUGUUCCCGGCCCUCCUGCUUCACGGGCUGGGAGAGGGCUCUGCUCUCCUUCAUCCGGACAGCAGGACCCAUCCCAGGUCCUUGGAGAAAAGCGCCUGGCGGGCCUUCAAGGAAUCCCAGUGUCAUCACAUGCUCAAACACCUCCACAAUGGAGCCAGGAUCACCGUGCAGAUGCCACCUGCCAUCGAGGGCCACUGGGUGUCCACCGGCUGUGAGGUGCGGUCAGGCCCCGAGUUUAUCACCAGGUCCUACCGAUUCUACCACAACAACACAUUCAAGGCCUACCAGUUCUACUACGGCGGCAACCGCUGCACCAGCCCCACCUACACGUUGGUGGUCCGCGGCAAGAUCCGCCUGCGCCAGGCCUCCUGGAUCAUCCGCGGCGGCACUGAGGCUGACUACCAGCUGCACCGCGUGCAGGUCGUGUGCCACUCGGAAGCGGUGGCCGAGCAGCUGGGGCAGCUGGUCAACCGCACGUGCCCCGGCUUUGUGCCUGCUGGGGGCGCCUGGGUGCAGGACGUGCCCUACGACCUGUGGCGGGAGGAGGGCGGGCGCGAGUGCACCCGGGCCGUGAACUUCGCCAUGCACGAGCUGCAGCUGGUGCGCGUGGAGAAGCAGCACCUGCCACACAGCCUGGACCGCCUGGUGGAGGAGCUCUUCCUCGGGGACGUGCACACCGACACCACCCAGAGGAUGUUCUACCGGCCGUCCAGUUAUCAGCCGCCGCUGCAGAAUGCCAAGAACCACGACCACGCCUGCGUCGCCUGCCGCAUAAUCCACCGCUCGGACGAGCACCGGCCUCCCCUGCUGCCCCCCAAGGCGGACCUGACGGUGGGGCUGCACGGCGAAUGGGUGAGCCAGCGCUGCGAGGUGCGGCCCGAGGUCCUCUUCCUGACACGCCACUUCAUCUUCCACGACAACAACCAUAGCUGGGAGGGACAUUACUACCACUACUCGGACCCCGUGUGCAAGCACCCCACCUUCACCCUCUACGCCAGGGGCCGCUACAGCCGCGGCGUGCACUCCGCCAGGGUCCUGGGCGGCACGGAGUUCGUGUUUAAAGUGAACCACAUGAAGGUCACCCCCAUGGAUGCGGCCACGGCCUCGCUCCUCAACGUCUUCAGCGGGAACGAGUGCGGGGCCGAGGGCUCCUGGCAGGUGGGCGUCCAGCAGGAUGUGACCCACACCAACGGCUGCGUGGCCCUGGGCAUCAGGCUGCCUCACACGGAGUACGAGAUCUUCAAGAUGGAGCGGGACACCCACGGCCGCUAUCUGCUGUUCAACGGCCAGAGACCCAGCGAUGGCUCCAGCCCGGAUCGGCCCGAGAAGAGAGCCACGUCCUACCAGAUGCCCCUGGUGCAGUGCGCCUCGUCGGCACCCAGGCCUGAGGACUUCUCCGAGGACCCUGGCGGGCACGGGCACCGCAACUGGGCCCCCGGGAGCAGCCCAGGUCCCCUGCUGCUGGCCGGACUCACCGGCCUCUGGACUCUGUCACCCUGGCUCGGCCUUGGCUAG